AUGGCAGAAAUAGCAGUAGAUAAUGAUGUUAAUAUAGAUGACAUCACCGUGUCUACCUCGGCAGUGUCGUCAGUACCAGCUGACUUUAGCUUUGACGACAUUCAUAAUGUACCAGCUGAUAAUCCCGAAAGCCAUGUGGUUGCGGAAACAAUCAUAAUGGAAGUAGAAGAAGAUGGAUUGGUGGGAGAUAUCAGAGACAACGUGGGUAAAAGUGCCGAGAAGAAACAGAAAUCAGCACUGAAGCACUUCGACGGGUUUCUCCGUCUCUGGUUCAAACACCGGGGAGAACCGUACCGCCAUUAUUCCCAAUUAUUCCAUGAAAACACCGAGGACAGUAAUCGGUUUUGGGAUGCGCUAAUGGGUGGUAUGUUCUCUUAUUUUGCUACAGGCUGCAAUGGUGAGCUUGGCUUUGAAUCGGUUAAUGGCUAUGCCAGUUCUAUCAAAGCUUACUACACCGACAAAUGGAGACAUAAUACAUACAAAUGUCCCGUGUUUGGGAAGCAAUCAUGGGCCACCCUUAGAAGAAAGCUGCGCACUUUAUUUGAGGAAAGGGCACGACAAUCUGGCCAGAAACUAACCAACCCGCACCAAGCUUCUACACAAGACGACAUGAUGGCUAUGGUAUACAGCUGUUUGUGGUUGGCUACGGGUGAUGCCGCUGUUUUUCUAUUGAUGAACAUUGCUAGUCUCCACUACAGUGGCCGCAGCAGUGAGGUAGCAUUGAACCGAUGGAGUCACUUGAGUUCAUGGCAGAUUUGCGAGUUGCACUUCAAGUAUACAGUUCUCAGCACGUACCUGAAGCGACAGAAGUUGGGCGAGGAAACCAACCUGACUCUUUUCCCACACCGUGAAAACUUCUUCGAGGAUAUCUAUUUUGGCAUGAUCUACCGCAUUAUUAUGUUACCGGACAAUGAUGACUAUCUGUUCCCCAAGUUUGCCGAAAAGGCGUUGCACCAGUCUAAAGAAGGGAGAAACGACAGCAAGUUAGUGCCUGAGUUUGUAAGCCAAGUAUUUGCCCACGACACAGCUAACCGAUGGAGCCAAACAGUCCGGGAAUUGCUGGUGGCUUCCAUGCUGCGUUACUUUGACAAAGUGGAGACCGCAAUACAGAAUGCUCCACAUAAAGACUUUGGCAAAAGAUCCGAGGACCAUCCGUUCAUUUCCACGAUUUACGAGUACUGCAGUCGUGCUGGAGUUUCUGAGACAACGUUUGAAGCUUGGCAGGCAGAAGUCAAAGAAGGUUUCUUCGGGGACAAUUUGCCAGCUUUACAAAUCAAAUUAUGGCCUGAUUCGGCACGCAACAACAGAGAUCCAAGGACCGGAACAACAUUGGUGGAUAGGCGAUGCCUAAUGGAUCACUAUAAUACGCUUGCACACCACACAGAGGGGUUGCAUUUGCAGGUUGUUAAAAUGAGGCAGGAAAUGUCGGAGCUGAGAACUGGUCAGGCACAUUUAAUUGGCAUGGUUCAAGCAAUGCUGGCAAGUCAACAAGGCAGUCGAACCUUCAACGGUAGUGGUAUUGAUUCUCCGACUGCAGUAUCCCAGUCAUCUCCCGGCGCCGUUAGCAGGUCUCCUG